UCAAUAAUGCUUGAAUUUCCGAAUUACAGGUUUGGGCUCAGGCUUUGUAACGACUCCAAGCAUAAUGACCACAAACAAAUAUUUCGACAAACGACGAGCCCUGGCGUCCGCAAUAUGUAUUUCCGGUAAUGCAUUUGGUGGCUUCAUCAUGCCGCCUCUGGUGGACUACCUCUUGCACCAAUUCGGCCUACGAGGAACGUUGUUCAUCACCUCCGCUGUUAUGCUCAAUAUUGUUGUGGCAGGCGUGUGUUUCCGACCUGUCUCCGUCCAUGCCAUCGUGCAAGGGAAACACAAAAUUAAACUUAAGAGAAGGCGUCAAGAAAUUAAAAAGCCAGUUACGUCAAAAGAACUCCCUAAGAGCAAAUCAAAGAUGAAAGAUGUAGUUUCACAGCGAGGAAGCGCAACAUUUGCCUCUGAAGCCGGAGCGCUAGCAGGAUUCGAAAAUUUGAUAGAUCCAGCAUUAUAUGACAAACGAAAAAUGAUCAAUACAUCUAGCACAAUAAUACACGCUUCAAAUGUUUCAAAUUCAAGAAAAUUGCUCAAUAACAAUGAAGAAUUUAGUGACAUAAGUUCGGACAGUGAGUCAUCCGUACAUUCUGUCUCAGAAUUGCGACUUUCAGUCGGCGGUGAUGACUUGAUGCAUAUUGGCGCGGAAGCCGUCUUCGAUGGAGACCUUCAUUCUGAGAGGCGAUCAUCAGUAGAAAAUAUUGAACUGAGAUCUGUAAAUUCAGUAACCGCCACCAAUGGAACGAACGCUUGCGACACGUGUAGAGUUGAUUCUGAACCCGUAACCAAAGAAAUUGGUGUAGGGGUUCUAUCUUCCCCGGUAACAAACGAGCCUGUGUCCUCUGUUAAAAGUCAACAAAACUUGCAUUAUUACUCGCAAGAACUUACUACAGCAACAGAAUUUAAAAAUCCAUUCUUACAAGGUACAACCCCGCCUACAACAGCGAAACUGAACGGAUUCAUAUUUCACAAGAAUCUCGAUACAUGUUUCGAUUACGAAGUACCGAAGACCAGGCAAAUGUUCCUCAUGACUUUGUCUUGCUUUCUCUUCAAGAUGAGCGUUCCACACCCUCUUUUUUACCUCCACGUAUACUUCAUUAGUGUUGAUGUCGACGUCGGCACCGUCUCUGCCAUCAUCGCGGGGUCGUCACUUGCGGACGUCGUGGGUCGCCUGGGAGUUAGCUGGCUGACUCGCACCAAACUCGUGCCUGCCGUCUACCUUUAUAGCUUCAGCUGUUUCGUGACGGGCGCUUGCAUCCUGUGCGUGCCAGUGGCAACUUCGGCCGUGAGUUUGUCGGCAGUGCUGAGCGGCUACGGCUUAGGGGUGGUCGCGUGGUCGGUGCUCAUGCCUGUCAUGCUAACACAGGCCCACGGCAGCGACAGGCUGCCUGCAGCAUACGGAUUCCUGAGGAUCUUCAUGGGUGUCGCUAAUUUCGUGUCGCCGCAGAUCAGUGGCGCCCUGACAGAUGCAACGGGAAGCUUCUUGUGCAGCUACCGCGUGAUGGGUGCCUGCUCGCUGGCCGCUGCUCUACUGGCGCUCUCUGCCUCCACAGGCUCCACUCGCUGCUCACAGCCGCAACGUCACGAGUCUAUUUAACAAUAUGAACGAUAAUAAUAUAUAUUUUAAUAUAUAAUGAUGACGUUAUAAACUCCUAGUGGCUGAUAUUCUGAGUUUGCACUCGUUUUGGGAGUGGAACAAAAAUGCCAAAGACAAGAGAUGUUCGAGAUUGAGGGAAGUUAGCUAAUUAUUUCAAAAUUUAUUUCUGUAAUCAGUCCUAAAAUUGUUUUUAAUUUCAACUAUGACUAUAAUUAAAUAAUCUUGUCUGACAAGGCCAACAACGCAGGCGUUUUAGGGGGCUGGACCCCUGCUCAUGCCCGGCAACGCCGACAUGAGCAGAAGAAAUUAAAGUUGAAGUUUGCUGCCGGCUGACAUUAUGCCGACCAACACUGGGUGCCCGUAUCUACUCUACCGCCUUCAAAGAAUCUAAGUCUUUGAUAGGAGCUUCAGAAUUCACAUUCAUCGCGACUAUUGUUAGGAUCGUGCAAUCUCGACCUAAAUAGGAAAUUUUUUGCUUUCUCCUACCGAUAUGCCGUGUGUCAAUUUAUUAUUGAUUAUCGUCAUCAGACAUUCGAAUGAAAAUAGUUUGUUUCAUUAUUUCAUGAUACCGCAGUAAUUUACAAAGUGAAUUGAAAGAAAGAAAAAUAAAUAUAAAAAGUUAUAUAUGUUGAUGGCAGGCUAACUGUUAAAUGAAUGACACAAGACAGGAAUCAGAUCAUCAGUGUUUGUGACAGCUAAAUUUCGUUAACUCUGGCUACUCAUUCGUGCUAACAAGCAUGACACGAUUAUACGUAGCUGUCCAACUUAGAAACAAUGCACGUAGCGAAAGAAACAAAUUUGCAAGGCGUUUGAAGUAUUUUCUAUACUGAUAUGCCAUUGGCCAACCAUCAUCAAUACUAUUUGUUUCUACGAGCAUUGUAACGUUAGUCACAAUGAGAAGACAAAGUGUUUUCUUAAAGUAUUAUUUACUUUGCACUAUUCCACAGUAGAUCAGUAACUGCUUCAAAUUUCUUGCUUCCGACUUGUAUCUACAUAUCAUAUAUCUAUAGGCCAACACUAACAGAUCCAUUUAUUAUUUUUAAUUAAUUAAAGGUAUGCUUUAUUAGUAUUUAGUUAAACACUGCUAUUCGAUAUUAAAAAUAAUAAUUGAGUACCGGUACACAAGUUUUAUCGGAAAAUUUAAGCGUAAUAAAUAUAUUCCGUCAUCAGGAUCGAGAAGAAAUUUCAAUAUCUCUUAUAGCUUCAAUUAGUUCGAAUUGCAGUAUUUUUACUUUCUUAAGUUUCGCAGUUUUAGAAGUACAAAUCUUGACGAAACUUUAUGUGAAGAAAUCUUUCACCUUUCCGUUCCUAGAAUUAAUUGUUAUCACUUUUUUCCUGCGUGUUUGAAGUAAAAAUAGUCAUUCUAACAAAUGCAAAGU